GAUAAAAUAGCAAGAACAUCUCUUUUAACUUAAAGUCAGUUCUGAGUGUUGAUUACAGCUGCACCCAACGAUAAGUUGACAUCAUGAGCGCUAUUUCCAUCUUCAUCACUGUUUUGGCUCUCCUAGUUCCAAGUGAAAGGUACGUAUUAACCACUUGUUUUAACUUCACCACUAAAAAUUCAGUUGUUUCUACAGAUUCGGGGGAGUCCUCAGUAGACUUUGGAAUUUUUUUUUCGUAAGUGCAAGUACAGAAAAGUUAUGUUUGCGAGGAUUAACUACUGAAAGCGGUGAAUGUCAGAAGUUAUUUGUGUGACUUGAAAGGUAUGCAUUAGGUAUUAGUGAGCUUAACGCCUUUAGGGUUGGCGAUUCCCGGAGUCUGCUACCGCAUUCCGGCCAAGUAAGUGACGAAAAUAAAAUGAAACAAAUUUAAUAUGCUGUCAAUUAGCAAAAAUAAAGAGAGGUUAACGUCAAACUGGCGGCAAACUCGUAUUUGUACCAUAUAACCAAGUUUCCCCAUUAUACUUGUCGUUUAUUGUUCAUUAUUUCUACACAUAAAUUAGUAGUUUCACGCAAUUUUUUGUCCAUCCAUAAGAAUUGUUUUUAUCUGUUUUUAUCUGCUCACUUCCUAUUUUGAGAAAUUCUCGACCUGAAUUGAUAUUUGAUGUUUGCCCGUUGCGUUAAUACGUGAAGCUCAACCUCAGUCUCUUAUGAUUCACCCACCUCUAACAUGCAAUUUGUAAUUUAAAAGGCUACUAGCUUAGGAACACAUGCGCGAAUGUGUUUCCAGACUUGACCGAAGGAGAUUCUAGCGUUAUGAAUUAAAACUUUGGUUAAAUGGCUUACAAAAUACGUUUAGUCGACAAUAACAGAUUCAGUAAGGAGGAAGGUCGCGGCUGCGUGGGAAUAUCUACUAGUUAGGUCGUCAUUUUAAUACUUUUUAAGUGAAGGGCAACUGGUAUAAUUUUUAAAACUUAUACCGGGUUUGUAAACCCAUUACCCUGUCCAAGUGAAGUCAAAGUGAGGUCAACAUCAGUAUUGUUUAAAAAUUUAUGAUAAUUUAGCGUAUUUGACACUGAAAAUUGUUUCAGGCAAGAAUAAGUUCUUACACUCUUGUCAGUUUCAUUCCAAAACCACACCUGUUUUUAUACCAUAACACGCAAAAUCUAUACUCGAUUUCAGUAAGAACAUUUAAACGGCUCAAAAAUCACGGAAAACGUUUCGGGUCGGCGCACUGUUAUAGGGGGGUUUCAUCUAUACCUUUCAAACAACUGCUACAAUCCAAGACAAAAGUAGUUGGGAAGGUUGUACAACUUAACAGUAGUCUAUUUUAGUCCUCAAAAAAUAUAUUUUUCUCUUUUGCUAAAUAUACCCCAUCCCCUCUAUUCAAUAUGAUAACAGAACAAUUACGCGCACAAACAUUAUAUUAACGUUAUGCUCAACAUUGGGCCAGGGGCGGAGGAAAGAAGGAACCAAAGAGCUAAAAAUGGACAGUGGAACAAGAUUUUUUAAGUCGAGUCGACGAGUCCCUGAAUGAACCACCACUAGUUUAAGAGCAUCUUAUUUUUCCUUUCUCCACGAGAAAAGGCUUAAUUUAAUAGAAAAAAAAAGGUAAAAAAAACUAUGUGUUAAAAUUGAGAAGAAGAUUAGAGAAGCAUACGGCUACUGUAUGGGUCAAUCUUAUUUGAGAUUUUUGUUCCAGUUAGCACAGAAAUCCAAACAAUCUGGAUUGUCUAAAUCCGAAAAAAGAUUAGCUCAAAGAAACGCAACCUUUGUGUCUACCAAUGUUGCCACAAGGAAUUAUUAAACUAUCCAUCCGAAAUUAUCGGACUGAGUGACUUCUUGUUCCUUUGAAGCAAGAGCUACUAAUUUUACGGAGCUUGACAACACUCACAACGAAAUAAUUUAAAAAUUGUUCUUUUGGGAAAUUCACGCUUAACGUUUUGCGAGAAAUAUUUAAGUUAUCUGAAGGAAGUUCAGUUAGGCACAUCAAACAAUGUAAGGGUGGACUUCCACUGUGGCGUAAAAUUUACGCGCGUAAAUCAAAAUAGGACUCAAAUAGAGGCAAUGUAUUCACUACCGAAGUCGUCGAGAAAAUGUAUGAAAGGGCGCGCGUGAACGAAAAAAGGGAACCGAGCACAACUUUUCCGUUUACAUUUGCGCAUGACACUCCAUAAUAAUUUUCUCUAUUUUAUUUACGCGCGUAAAAUUUACAUGCAUUCUCACGUGAAAAAAAAUCCACUCUAAAGCUUAUGAUCGCAUAAUUUGAAUAUACCGAAGCCAAUAAAAUAAAAUAAGAUAUCUUCCAAAGCUCGAAUUUUUUUAAGUCUUGGUCUCGAAUUUUAAAACCGGGGUCUCGCAGUCUCGCAAAGUCUCGAAUUCAGUUUACCAUUAUAUACCCCCUAUAGAUGUCGGUUUAUCGAGUAGAAAUUAGUUGAUUUUAGGAUUACCAUUGAUGACAACUAUGUCUUCCUUAGUUUUGUAAGGCUCGGGUAUCCAGCGCAAUUCCACAAUCAAGCAACUUUAACACAACGUUUUUAAAAACGAGAUACUGGGAAAAGUUCAUUUUUUUUAAUUCACUCAUAAUUUUUCGUAGUUUCUUAAAAUCGUGCGGAAUACUGAAAGAUCCUAUGCCUAGAAGAGCAAAUAUUGUGUUGGACAUUAUUAAUUUCACUUGACUAAUUCAAGGUCACGUGCCAAAUGUGUGAGCAAUCAGUUGACAUACAAGUCGUUGGGGUCGUCUAUUAAGCUUGAGGGUACCUUAACAUAAAAUCUUUCGUCUUCAUAGGUACCUUUUGUGCCAGUUUGACGAUAGUAGGGGAAUUAAACAUUUUCUGGCUGAACUGAAAUAAUUAUUCAAUUUAUCAUUUUUGUUUCCUUUUGUAUUCGCAAACACAGCGGAAUUCGAGUUCGCCGAGACUUGGGUGACGUCUGUCAAAAAAUGUGGAAUGCAUCCGGUAAUAACAUGGUCGUGGGGACGGAUAUGACAGUGGACACAUCACCUACAGCUACAAACUUGUUUACUGUAACUUCGACCGGUCAAAACAAACUCCGGCAGCCAGUAUACACUAGCUUCAAGGGUAAAAGCUACAGUACUUCUCUUCUAUUCUAUGUAAUAUUAUUAACAGAAAAUUAAUCUCGAAUUAAUUAAUUAUUGAAUUAGUUUGUGAAUUGAGUAAUUCUGUAAGCACUGUAUCCGAGAAUAGUUUAAGCUGAAGUUAAAAACAAAACAAAAACAAAAACGAAUAAGAAACAAACAAACAAACAACAGCAGCUGCAGUGACAACAAUUAAAAAAUUUAACAACAUUAACAAAAAACAAUUUUGCAAAAGGCUAGAGUGCCUAAACAAAUGAAGGAGUUCUGAAGUGAGGUCGACGUGUCUUGAAUGAAGAGGAGGCUUCAUCAGUAAAGGUUAGGGAAGUUCCCGGUAUCAUGAAAGCAUUAAAAAGAGUAGCACUGGGUUCUUCUGAGCACACCCUUAUGAUGUGGAUAGCUUUCAAGUACAGCUGGCUUCCUCUCAUCGCUUCUGGCAGUUACUCGGCCAUGGAUUAAUUACCGAAGGUAUUCCACAAGAACCUCAGGUCCACGCUUCACGAUUGGCCAGAAAAUGUCUUGGCGAGAGUUGCUCCCCAGCAACUCUUCUUCAGAUGGGAAAACCGGAAAUUCUGUUUGAAAAUCAAAUAGCUUACGUCACCUAUUUUCAGUUAGUCUAGCGUCAGACAAUAUAGUUGUCAUUCGAGGCGAUGCAAGUUUUCUACUCUUCUUAGUCUUACCAUCUGAUUUGAAUAUAUUGCGUAACGGGUCCUUCACCUAAAAGGUUAAAAAAUUAAUUGUUAAAUAUUUAUGCACGAGAUUUCCAACUGCCGUGGGUGUGUUAGUGAUAAGCAAUAGUUUCGUCCGUGAACACUCCGUUCCGACUGGCUUUUCCCAGGUCUUCGAGAAUGGCCUUCUAGGGAUUUCGUAAGACCAAUUACUGAUGUCCACCUAGGAGGUAAAUUUAAAUGUCGUGUCAUUCCAGGUUCAUGAACCACGACCAAUCAAUAUUUUCGUGCCAGGAGAAGAUACUUAGCUUGUUUUGCGAGAAAUCCAGUACCGAAUAUGGGGGUAAACGUUUGGCAGUAGACAGUUACCGACAGGUAUGACAGCUUCUGCAAGGGAGGUUGGCUGCACCACAUCAUUUGCCAGCGUCUUAAGUGUAUGUGCAUCUUAUUUGCUUUCUUGGAACUAACUUAGUUUUAACAUUCUGCUAAAGCCCUUCUAGAUAACUACAUUUUAGACGAGACAAAGCCAGAAAUUCCUGCUUCACAAAAGGCGUUAGAGGAGGACAACUUCACCAACACUAUCGCCGUCGCAGGAGGUCCCGUAGAUAUUGCUUUUAACUAUCUGAAGACGAAUGGAAAGACUGCAGCAACAGUAAGAUUUGUUUUAUUGAAUUUUUGAUAUUUAUCCUUCUCCGAAUGGCUAGAAGCGUGGAGGAAGCUUUGUGCGGAAGCCAUCCUGCACGUGCACCUUUUCUUUUAAAGCACUGACUUCUUCCAACUUUUCUUGAUUGGCAUAAGGUAUGAUAUUAGAAAUAAUUUCUUUCCUAGCGUGAGUUUUACCAUGUUGGCUAGAAACUCAAGGUAACAAAAGUGAUUCAGCUAAAACUGUCCGGUCACAGCUGUUGAAGGUUGAACCAACAACGCAAUUUUCAGGUUCCUUGUCUUUGGCAUUUAUGUUUCACUGAUUUUCUUGACUGUUGGUUUUCUUGUUUUCUGAAAACUCCAAAAGGACCUAAACGCUUUUAAGGCAGCAUUGAAGACGAUGUGGUUUACUAAAUACGCUAAAGGAAAAUCAGGAGUACCGCAAUAUUCUGGAUUUGAGCAUACAUUUGUUGGUAAGCAUAUUGCCGAAUAAAGAAAUCGGUUUUAAGGCCACGUAGACGUAACCUCCUCCAGUCUCAUAACUCACGCAAAUUACUUUAUGGUUUUGUAUAAACCCAGGGCUUAUAACUUAUUUACAAAUUUUUCGAACAGUUUUUAGUCUUAAUCUUAGAUUAUACAAGACCUUGAUGCCAAAUUCGUUUACUUAUAGCCUGUGCCAGCCUCUCGGUCAGUGCAGACGAGCGAAAAAUGCGGGAAAACAGUAAAAAAACGAGCGAGCGAGGGAAAAAUGACGGGAAGAGAGAAAGGGGGAUCCUGUAAGCAUCUUUACAAAUACCACAGUCCGCCUACUUUCAGAAAAAUCGUUUCUCGUAUCAAAAUGACAAUUAAUUAAACGUUAAAAUGUCAAAAUGUUCACGCACGCUCGCUUUGUUUUUUCUUUGUCUCUGCUUGCGCGAAGCCAAGCUGGGGCUUUCCACAAGCUGCUCAGUAACUUUUUGACAACUUUCAGUAUUUCGAGCAACGUUUUGCAUUCUGAGCAAUUUUCUCUAGUUUUCGACCAAUUCUGAAAUAUCUGAGCAGCUUUUAGUGCUCAAAAUUGACCUUGUUUCCAUACUUCACAAUGUUUUAGUAGACAAUUUAUGAAUUUUCUGUGAAAAAGGAGCCAGAUCCUCUCCCCGCUCCCCCGCUAGGGCAGAUCGUGGGCGCAAGGUUCAUGAAGCAACUUUUGAUUUUUUUUGAGAAACUUUUGAGCAACUUUUUGAGAAGUUAGGGGAAAUUUUUUAGGAAAUCUCGAGCAACUUGCACGUGGAAAGCCCUCGAGUGUGUUUCGUGUGAAGAAGGUCAUUCGACAAUUUUAGUGGCUCAUUACAUUGUUUAGUUUUAAUUGAGGACAAAGUUAUUCAGCGACACUGUUUACGCCACAAAAUUGCAAAAAAUUCUUAGAAAUCUUACUUUUGUUAGUACAAUUUGUAUAUUUUAGCAUCAGACCUAAAAAGGUUUUGUUUUUUCGAGCAACUUUUGAGGAUUUUCGUCACAAAAAGCAACUUUUAAUUGUUUUAUGAACAACUUUUGAGCAACUUUUUGAGAAAUUCCAGGAAACUUUUUGGAAAAUCUCGAGUGGUUGACAUAAAUUGUCAAAAUUGACCAAUCAUAAAGGGUAUACCAGGAGCUGGUAUACCCGAAAGAGGUGUUGAAAACAAUGCUUACUCUUCAGCUUCCCCGUGAUUUUCGAGCAACUUUUCUCGAUGCGCUCUCCCUAAUAUUUUGGAGCCUGGAACAGGCCGAAAACGGCGUUAUCACAGACCUGUCUAUGUUUAGACACCCUGCCACGAAAGUGGACCAAACUUGUGUAUAUCCGGAGCAUGAAAUAUGAAAAAGAUUAGGAAAUGUUUCUGAAUAGAGACAAACAGUUUAAGCUUUUAACCAGUAAUGGUCUGUGCCUUUUUUUGCUGACAAGUCAGUUUUGUGGAACUAUUUAUGUCAAGCGAGAAUAAUAGGUUAUGAUCUAGAUUCGCGCCAAAAUAGACAAGAAUACGUCGAGAGGGUCUUCGAACCAAAAAUUCUGCUAUUUCGUAUUCGGAUAGCCAUGAACUCUUUCCACAAUUGUUUCAGUUCAUUCACGCAUUAAACAGCUAAGCUGCAGCGCUGCUGCCUGGAAACGAGGCUGAUAUUUUAUAUACCUUCGAAUGAGUUGAUUGUUACCCGGCUUUUGAAAUAUGGUAAGCGCCACGUGGUUAUGAAGGAUUUAGCCGGGGGAUUGGGGCCAAUCAGAAACGGUGAAAUAUUUUAGGGUAUAGUGUCACUUCCAACUAUUGAAAGGCGACACUCGGCUAUAGGCCAGAGAUCUUUUAAAUCACACAAACGACAAAAGAAAAAAGGAAGGAAAAGAAUAGAAAAGAUAAACAUCAUUACGUGAAAAAAUCUAAAUAUACAUUUACCCGCACAUCCAAUGCGGUCUAAAUGGAUAAGUAAUACUUUGUUUACAAUCCUGGACUGCCACAAUCGCUGUUAAAUGAGGACGUUUUUGCAUAAAUUGCUUCAUCAGGUGAACUGGGCGUCGACAGAAAGCUAGGAACAACGGUAGUGAAAGGUCUUCACAACUGGUACCAGUUUCUUCUUGAACAGACCGCAGGUAGACUGGCUUACUCUCCACCUCCAAAGAAUGUUGUGGAUACCACUAAAAAGGUAAGGGUUUAAUCUGAAAGGACUGUGAGAUGGCAGGAUGAUAGUAUCCAAACAUGGUCAAUAGAGAUACGCUUCACUAAAACAUUCUAUCCUUCAAUAUCACUUUAGAGUAGCUGUUUUCGGUGAGUAAAUGUCUGUCUCGAAAUCCCCCUCGCGUUACACGGCCUCAUGAUCAGUCAGGGGAGUUUCCGUAAGACAAUUCGCACAUUCAGGAUAAGUGAAACUUCCUCUGAUUUGUAGAAGUAGAACAUGAUACGUUUUUUGCAUCAAAUGGAAACUCGGAAAAAAUCCGAGACGCAGAUGGGAUUCGAACGCACGACCCUCCGUGAUCUAGUCGAAUGCUGUAACCACUGAGCUACUGGAGAUUCGAUGGCGAGAAAGGGUGAAAUGUGAGUCUUUGACUAGAACUGCAUUGCGCGGUCAGGCCGGUGGCCUAUUACAUUUUGCCUGAUUUUGCCCCAUAUUAGGUGAUCCGAAUCCCGGAAUCCGGAAAAAUUUUACCUAUGGAUUCCGGAAUCCUGGGAUUUAAAAACCAGAAAUCAGUUGAAGAAAUCCAGCUUCCUGCUAAGGAUUGGAAUCCAGAAUCCAAUUUUCAAUGACAAGUGAUCCGGAAUCCACGAUGGGGAGGCCAGAAUCCAAGACAAUCUUGGAGUACCUUUUAUGGGUUGAUAUAUUAUGAGCGUAACUGUGCGCUUGUGUUAUCAUAAAGUGAUAUCACUGUUGCUUGUUUGCAGCCACCCUUUAUAAACGUCAAGUUUACUUGGAAUAAAGCUAGCAAGCCACCGGGUAGCAGCUUUUACGUGGGCACAAGUCCUGCAUUUGAAGUGGCGCUUUACACAGCAUGCUUCUUUGGUGAGCCAGGUGACUGCACCUGCAGUGUGGACGGAAAGCCGCUUAAGAUAAAGACCAUCAACUUUAACAAUGCUGGAAUGGUGCUCACCUCUUAUCCUGUAGCAUAAGUCCUUCAGAAUGAUUUAUUAUUACCACGAUGUAGUACAAAG